GAGCUGGAGAUGGGGAAGGGGCUCGAGAACUUAAGUUUAGCCAGUUUGUAAAGACCCACUCCUCAUCAAUAGGACUUCUGUUCCAGCCAAACAGGCAGUAGGGAGCAGUAAGCUCCUUCCCCCAAAUUUCGGGAGGGUGAGGCUUUAAAGAAGCAAAGUCACGGUAAGACCACCUAGCACCGCGCAGGCGAGGGUUGCAGCGUCUUGUGCCCGUACCCCAACCUCCAGCUAUGCUUGGGAGCUGGGCACGAUAGGAGGAAGCUCUAAUUGCCGAGAUUCGCUUUUUUACACUUCGCGGCCAAGAGCCUCUCCCCCCAAUUCCUGAGUUGAUGAUUCCGGUGGCGGCGGCCCCCUUGAAAGAAACCUUACCUUGGAUAAGUGCCCUUUUCUACCCGGCGUGACUGAAGACAGAGUUGGGGAGAAGACUGAGAAGACUCGGGCAUGGAAGGAGUUGGCUUUGCCUGGGUACCUUUGCUGAAGGAUGGUAGAAUCAUCACAUUUGAGCAGCAGCUGCCAGUUUCCGCUAAUCUUCCCCCAGGCUACUUGAAUCUGAAUGAUGUUGAAUCAACAAGGCAGUCUAAUGUGGAUAUUAAGUGGGUAGAUGGUGCAAAGCCUUUGUUGAAGAUUAAAAGUCACUUGGAGUCUACCAUUUAUACUCAAGAUCUACAUGUGUACAAGUUCUUCCAUCAUUGCCAGCUGAUUCAGUCAGGCUCGAAUGAAGUUCCAGGGGAGCUCAUUAAAUAUUUAAAGUGUUUGCAUGCCAUGGAGAUCCAAGUCAUGAUACAGUUUCUACCUGUAAUUCUUAUGCAACUCUUCCGAGUCCUCACAAAUAUGACCCAUGAAGAUGACGUGCCUAUCAACUGCACCAUGGUUCUCUUACAUAUUGUAUCAAAGUGCCAUGAAGAAGGCUUGGAUAAUUAUUUAAGAUCCUUCAUAAAGUAUAGCUUCCGACCUGAAAAACCCAGUACUCCUCAGGCCCAGCUGAUACAUGAAACUCUGGCUACUACAAUGAUAGCAGUAUUGAAACAGUCUGCAGACUUUUUAGCAAUAAACAAACUGCUAAAGUACUCAUGGUUUUUCUUUGAAAUUAUUGCAAAGUCUAUGGCCACAUACUUGUUGGAAGAGAAUAAAAUUAAGCUUCCCAUAGGCCAGAGAUUUUCUGAGGCGUAUCAUCAUGUCUUACAUUCAUUGUUUCUUGCAGUAAUUCCUCACGUGACUAUUCACUAUGCAGAGAUUCCUGAUGAGUCCAGAAACGUCAAUUAUAGUUUGGCUAGCUUCCUGAAGCGCUGUCUGACACUAAUGGAUAGAGGAUUUGUUUUCAAUUUGAUAAAUGACUAUAUAUCUGGAUUCAGCCCCAAAGAUCCUAAGGUCCUGGCUGAAUACAAGUUUGAAUUUCUGCAAACAGUUUGCAAUCACGAACAUUACAUUCCUCUGAAUUUGCCAAUGGCAUUUGCAAAACCUAAACUUCAGCGAGUUCAAGAUUUUUUUUCAUUUGCGGUGGACCGUUUGACUUCAGUAGAUUCAAAUCUUGAAUACAGUUUAUCAGAUGAGUAUUGCAAGCAUCACUUCUUGGUUGGUCUACUUCUGAGGGAAACCUCCAUUGCUCUUCAAGACAAUUAUGAUAUCAGAUAUACAGCUAUGUCUGUCAUAAAGAAUCUUUUGAUAAAACAUGCAUUUGACACUCGAUACCAACAAAAGACUCGGCAGAGUUCUGCAAGGAGUAGUGUAUCUCAGUAUAACCGAUUGGAUCAGUAUGAAAUCAGAAGCCUCUUGAUGUGCUAUUUGUAUAUAGUAAAAAUGAUUUCUGAAGAUACACUCUUAACUUACUGGAAUAAAGUAUCUCCUCAGGAGCUCAUAAACAUUCUUAUACUUCUAGAAGUAUGUUUGUUUCACUUUAGAUAUAUGGGGAGAAGAAACAUAGCAAGGGUGCAUGAUGCCUGGAUGUCAAAACACUUUGGAAUAGACCGAAAAUCGCAAACCAUGCCAGCUCUUCGAAACAGAUCAGGAAUAAUGCAGGCCCGGCUUCAGCAUCUUAGUAGCCUGGAAAGUUCAUUUACACUUAAUCACAGUUCUGCAACAACUGAAGCAGACAUUUUCCAUCAGGCACUUCUUGAAGGCAAUACUGCUACUGAAGUUUCCCUAACAGUACUAGAUACCAUAUCAUUUUUCACCCAGUGCUUCAAGAGCCAACUUUUAAAUAAUGAUGGCCACAACCCGUUAAUGAAAAACGUAUUUGAUAUUCAUCUUGCUUUUCUUAAAAAUGGGCAAUCUGAAGUGUCGCUGAAACAUGUCUUUGCCUCACUGUGAGCUUUCAUUAGUAAGGUUGAUAUCCAGUCAUCCCAUUUACCAUUUGUUGAAGAGACUAUUCUUUUUCUGGUGAGUGGAAUUGGCACAUUUUUCAAAAAUCAACUGGCCAUAAAUGUAUGAAUUUAUUUCUGGACUCUCAAUUAUAUUCCAUUGUUCUAUAUGUCUAUCCUCAUGUUGGUACUGCUUUGUUUUGAUUACAGUGUCUUUGCAUUAAGUUUCAAAAUUGGGAAAUGUGAGUCCUCCAGUUUUGUUCUUC